GAAUAAGAUUUUUUUUCAUUUCCGACAGACGUCCAAAAAAAAUUCUUGUUUCUGGUAAUGUUCCGUUUACAUAUAUCAGGCACGUCUUCAGCAUCGUGUGAUGACAACUUUCAUUAUGUUUGAGAUAAUUCUCUUGUCUGUGGUUUUACUUCAAGAAACAGCUCUUACUGCUGGUCAAAUUUGCCCCGAGAUCGUUAAGUGUCCAUCAAAGAUGUUGGCAAGUGGAGACGUUGUACAAUUAGAAUUAACGGAAGGAAAGAUUUCGGCCAUACCAAGUGGGUUCAAUGCUCUACCUGUUCAUUCAAAACAAUUCUACUGUGCAGGGCCAUUCUUACAGUCUUUAAGACUUGUCGGUGGUAAUGAAACUGAAGGAAGAUUGGUUGUCACAUCUCAAGCUGGCCCUACAAACGAUUUGCUCGUUCAUCAGCGAGAUUGGCCAAAGAAUGCAUCGCGGUUCGUCUGCAAGUAUCUAGGAUAUGAAGGUGCAUAUACGACAGUAGGAGGAGAUCUCUUUGAUAUAUCAUCCUCACCAAAUAAUUUGUAUGAUGCUGUGUAUCUAGGAUGUCCAGCUAAUAUGAAUAACAUUACUCGCUGCUGGUAUAAGCGUAUCGAUUGGAAGGUCCCUUUGGACAAGAGUAUCGCUAUCGUUUGUUGUACAUGUGAGUAUCCAAAACGAUGCGACUUUCUUUGA